GUCAAAGAAAACACCCAUCCCAUUGUUCAGGGUCAGAAUGGAUGGGGAGUGACUUACACUUCUACUCAGAUCUGUGCCUUAAAAGGAUCAACAGUCGACAUGAGAUGCACCUACACAUACCCACAGUGGAUCGAUAGUCGUGCAACUACAAUUAAGGAAACAUUCUGGUUUAUUAAAAGUGACAUUAAACCUGUGGAUCUGACAACAGAAUCAGAGUACAAAGGCCGUGCUCAUUAUCCUUCCAGUAAGAAUGACUGUUUUGUGAGAAUCUCAGACCUGAGACAGAGCGACUCAGCUCAGUACCAGUUCAGUUUUAUAACAAACCAACCUGGUGGACAUUAUACUGGUUCACCUGGAGUCACUCUGACUGUCACAGCACGUCCAGAUCUCCAGGUCCAUGUGACCAGAUCAUCAUCCUGCAGGAAUUCUAAUUGUGUCCAAGUAGAGCUGAGGUGUCGCAGCAGCUGUCGUCUACCUGACUAUUACAAAUACACCUGGUUCAAGAACAGACAGGAGAUUCAGAGUCAAACAUCAUCUUCCUAUUCUACCUCUUUUUCCUCUGAAGAUACUGUUUCCUGUGCUGUUAAAGGUUAUGAGACGUUCUCCUCUCCUCCAGUGUUUGCUCCAACAGAUCCUUCAGUGUCUUUCAGUCCCUCUGGUGAAAUCAUUGAGGGCAGUUCAGUGACUCUGACCUGUACCAGUGAUGCAAACCCACCUGUUACUAAUUAUAUCUGGUACAAGAGAGGAAAGAAUCAACAUCAGUCAAGAGGACAGCAGUUUGUUUUCAGCUUCAUCAACUCCUCUGAAUCUGGAUCAUAUUCAUGUGUAGCUAGGAACAGUCUGGGGUUGACGAUGUCAGAAUACGUCUAUAUUGAUGUGAAAUAUCCUCCCAGACUUCCCUCUGUGUCCGUGAGUCCGUCUGGUCACAUAGUGGAGGGCAGUUCAGUGACUCUGACCUGUACCAGUGAUGCAAACCCACCUGUUACUAAAUACACCUGGUACAAGAGAGGAAAGAAUCAACCUCACUCAAGAGGUGAAGGACAGCAGUUUGUCCUCAGCUCCAUCAUCUCCUCUGACUCUGGAUCAUAUUCAUGUGUAGCUGAGAACAGUCUGGGGUUGAAGUUUUCAGAAUACGUCUAUAUCGAUGUGAAAUAUCCUCCCAGACUUCCCUCUGUGUCCGUGAGUCUGUCUGGUCAGAUGGUUCAGGGCAGUUCAGUGACUCUGACCUGUACCAGUGAUGCAAACCCACCUGUUACUAAAUACACCUGGUACAAGGAGGAUGAAGACUCACCAAAAGCAUCAGGACAGAACUUCACCAUCACUGACUUCAGAUCUGAACACAGUGGGAAUUAUUACUGUGAAGCCCAGAACAGCAGAGGACGACAGAACUCCACCUCACAUCUGGUCACUGUGUCUGAGAGGACAACAUUCAGAAUGAAUAUUAUCAGGCUGGCUCUGGUGUUUCUGCUGCUCAUACCUCUGAUUUUCCUGACUCUGCGGAUCAGGAUGAAGAAAACCCAGACAAUCAACACAGAAUUAAAACCUCCAGAGACAAUAGAGUUGGACAAUUUUCAGAGCUAUGAGAAUGAACACGUUCAACACAGAGAAGAAAGAAGACUCACAGGAGGAAGAAGACCUGAUGAGACGUCCAGUGAUGUUGAAGUAUCAUGCACAUAAAAUUUGGUGCUGAAAUGUCUCUAACAGCAUAAAUACGGAGCACAUGUGGAGCUCACUUACAUCCUCUGUGAUGCAUCCAAAGUCCACAAAACCACAAUGAAAAUGACAAGUGAGUUCAUUCAUCAUUAUCAUCAUCAUCAUCAUCAUCAUCAACCACAUAUGUACAGAUCUUCACAGAAGAACCAUAGACUGAGUUCAGACUCUCCUACAGAAUAGAUGAUGCCUUUUUAAUUAAAAAAAAAAAGUUAUUAUUAUUAUUAUUAUUAUUAUUAUUAUUAUUAUGUUACAGCCGGUGGGCUGUCCUGCUUCAUCUCCUCCUGUUAGUCUGUCUUAACCUUUUCUUAUAUUGUGAGAGGCUGAGUCUGGUUCUCCAAACUUCCUUCCUCCCUCCUCUGUUUCUCUGAUGUGGAGAAAGCCGAUUGGAAGAUGCCAGCACCCACCUGAGCCCCGCCCACCAGCUCAUCAUAUUUAACUGCCUCCAGAUGACUGCUCUUUGCCACUGUCGUGUGUUCAUGGCUUAGUUUGGUUUCGUGUUUGAUCAUUCUGCUUGUGUCUUGUUGUGAACUCUGACUGCUCAUUUUAGAUAAAUAUUUUUAAGACCAGCUUUCUGAUUGUCUAAUCCAGAGAAUUUUUUUUCUGUUCCAGUACCUGAGUGUGUCCACCAGCUGCUGUGAGUUUUUGUUGGUUAGCUUUCUUUGGUUUGUAGAUUUUGCCCACUGUUACACAGUGUGAGCGUAGUGUUUUGUUUUUCCUUUUUGGCCUGUGUUAUAUUAAUUGCAAAACUUUGUAAGAUUGUAACUUUAAAAAGAGUGGCCUUCUUGAGUAGAAGUAGUUUUAUUUUGUGUUAGAUUUUCCCUCGUCUAGUUUAGCCACCAUGCACUGUGACCUCUUUGUUGUUCAUUAUUUGGUUAGGUAGAAGUGGUUCUCUUUUUGUUAUUGAAUAUUUCUUCUGGGCUCACCACUAGCCCCAGGUAGGAUAGCUUCAUUUUGGUUUCUUUUGGCAGUGCCUGCUCUUUCUGGUCUGUAUUUAUUUCUGAGUAUUCAGACUAAG